UGCGGACAGACAUUCUCGUUCUCCACAUUGUGUUGAGCUUCACACAGCUGCCUCAGCCUCCAGCCCACUUUGGUGAAGGAGAUCCCAGACCUUCUUGAAAACAUGGACUUCAAUGGAACAUGGCAGGUUUAUGCUCAGGAGAACUAUGAGGAGUUCCUCAGGGCAAUGGAACUCCCAGAGGAUAUCAUCAAGAUUGCAAAGGACAUCAAGCCAGUUACUGAGAUCAAGCAGAACGGCAAUGACUUUGUUGUCACCUCCAAGACCCCUGGAAAGUCUGUGACCAACUCCUUUACCCUUGGCAAGGAGGCUGAUAUCACCACCAUGGAUGGCAAGAAGCUCAAGUGCAUUGUCAACCUGGAGGGCAGCAAACUUGUCUGCAAAACUGGCAAGUUCUGCCACAUCCAAGAGCUCAAGGGAGGAGAGAUGGUUGAGACUUUGACCAUGGGCUCCACCACUCUCAUCAGGAAGAGCAAAAAGAUGUAAACUUGGCAGUGAAGAAACCAAUGUCUAUUUAAAUAAAAGUGUUGCUUAAUAAGA